CAAAGCGCGUCGAGACUUUGCUGCGUGCAGUCGUACAGUGCGCUUCAGAUAUAGAUACACACACGUAAACGAUCGUAUCUUCGAGAUAUUCACAUUUACGUCGCACAUGUGUUAAAACAAUUGAAUGGUUUCGGGUCGAUUCGUAUUGUGUGUUUGUGUGUGUUCUAAACUUUCAAGUGUUAAUUAUCUAACUCUGCUAGCCACUGUGAGCUAUGCAAAGUGUCUGACUAAGUAAACAUUCAAGUACGAGCUAUAAUAUUUAUAAAUAAAAAUCAAAAUCAAAAGACAAUGGCAACCUCGACGCUGACUGCAACAGCGACUCCGUCUGCAGCAUCGGUGAAGAAUCCGCAGCUGAAGCGCGUCGUCUACUCAAAAUAUCGGGAACUGUUGGGAUCGUACAACGAUAAGGCCAAUGCGAUCAUUGAGACUCUGCCCGCUUAUAUGGUGCGAGAGGAUCGUGGAUUUCAGCUGGAGCUGCCGUUGCAUGGCAAUGAUAAAAGCUGUGCAGAUACGUAUGGACAACGCGGUGGAGGCGCCGUUGGAGGCGGUGGUUAUGAGGCGCCCGCCUGUGUGCAGAAUGCGAUGAUGACAAAAGACAAGAAACCAUUCACUUAUACGCCCGGCGGCAUCGAUCUCUCCCAGAUACGCUCGGAGCGCAUGGCCAAGAGAUUGGCAAGAAAUGCACAAGCUGAGGGCGCUGGCACUGGAGCUGCCCAACAGAACAGACCAGCAACAUCACCACAGUCACCGGGAUCGGGAACGGGAUCGGGGGGCAAUGUGUCCAGUUCAAUGGGUGCGGCGGCAAUGGGAAUGCCAUUCCAGGUAUUGCCACCGCCACCACCGCCGCCGCAGCCGCAAUCGCAAUCGCAGACAGCACAGUCGGGUAAGAAUGGCAAUCAUGUUGCACCCCCACCGCCACCCCCACAACAAAGCACCUUAGCACCACCAACGGGUCGAGGCAGUGCACCCGGUUCGCCGGCAGCAGCGCGCAAGUCGCCGACACCACAACGUUUUGAGCCACCACCGCUGGGAUUCCGGCCGGAGAUUAAAAUACCAACAAAUCCGAUGGCGGCAUUGCGCAAGGUGCCGCCGCCCGUUGAGAAGAAUACGUUCUGGAAGGAUGAGUACUGCAAGGAGCGUUCCAAGAGUCCGUUGCCAGAGCCAGCACAAAAUGGCAAUGGACAGUACCACAACAACAACAACAACAACAGCCAAGAUGCCGUUGAUGCAGCUUUUAAGUCAGCUAACGGUGGCUACAACAACUACAGCAAUGGCAACAGCAACAACAGCAACAGCUACAGUCCAUACUCACCCACACAACAGCAACAACAAGCACAGCAGCAACCACAAUCGCCCUCACCCAAAACACCGCCUUUGCAACAGCAGCAACAACAAUUGCAGCCGACAACACCUGCAACACCACCGCAGCAACCACGUCAGGAGUUCCGUAGUGUGGCCAUGCCACAGUCGCCAGCUGUAAAUGUUUAUACGCGACAAACCGACAGUCCACGCUCGCCCUUCGAGCUGCAACAGCAACAACAGCAGCUGCAGCAGCUGCAGCAACAGCAACGUGCCACGGAAAGUCCUUUCCGCUUUGCACAGCAGCAACAACAGCAACAACAACAGCAGCAACAGCGUCCUCCGACAGCCAUUUCUCCAUUGGUUUUGCAGCAACAACAACCACAGCAACAGCAGCCACGUCCGCCCACAGCAAUCUCUCCGUUGGCACUGCAGCAACAGCAACCACAGCAACAGCAACAGGCAGCAACAACUGUGCCUUGGCGUACGCAACGCGCUCCACAGCAACAGCAACAACAACAACAGCAGCCAACGCAUCCACAGCCCAUUUUCAAUAAUGUGCAACAGCAACAACAGCAGCUGCAACAACAGCAACGAUCUCGCGAAAUUUUCAGCCCAGCAAAAACAGAGCCACAACAACAAAGCUAUGGCAAUCAGCAAUCGCAAUAUCAAGGAGUUAAGCCGACCAACGUUGGCUCACUUUAUAUCGCUCCUUUGGCGCAGCCCACGGAGCCACAAGCCCAACGUCUAUUACUUCAGCAGCAACACUCUGGAGCACGUGAUUCGCCCAUGCGUCAAAUGCCACAGCAGCAACAGCAACAACAUCCAGAGCAACAACAACCGCAGCAGGUGGGUGGACAGCCACUGCGUUGGCUCAGCUCACAACCGGCUACCAAGGAGCAGGCGCCCUGGGCACGUCCCGAGGAGAAUGGCAAUGUGGUGCCCUCGACCUUGCGGCAGGCAACGAUAUCACAGCCCACAACAGGCUACAACAACUAUCAGCCACAAUCUGUGGCACCGGGUAAUGGUUAUGCCACAAGCUCGUCUCCUGGUCCAACGCCACAGCAAAACUUUGGCUCAAAUGCCCAGCAGAGUGGACUACGCCUGCAGAUCAACACGAAUGCCAGCAGCAACAAUGGAAACCAAACUGGACCUAGGGAGCGUAUCAUACCCAUAACACUGGAGCAGACGCCUACCUAUGCCGCAGCACAGCCCAAUUUCGGUGGUUACAACAACUAUUCAGCCGCUGCUCAGAUGCAACAACAGCAACAAUUUGUGUCCAACAACAACAACAACAACAUUAAUUCAACUCGCAUUAUACCCAUUUCAAUUGAAAGCGGACGUGGCGGACCCGUUUCCCAAUCUCCAGUCGUCCUGCAAAACGAUCCACGCUCACCGCCCAUACAAUCGAAAUCGUUUAGAAUAUUGCAAAAGAUAACCGACACUGUGGACGAUGGCAGCAGCGAUGCCCGGCAAGAGUUGCCCCAUCAACAAAUCCAUUUGGAUGUGGAGACGCCGCAGUUGCAGCGUCCACAAUUCGCUCGUCAAAUGAGCGCUCAGCAGGCGCGGAAUAGUCCGACCAUUGAGCAAAUGAGGCGAUUGCAAAUCGCACAGGAUCAACAGUCGGGUACGCCUACAGCUUGGUCCCCGCAAGGUAAUGGCGUAUCUCAGCAGAACCGCUUUACACCACAACGUUCUUUAUAUGAUACACCCCAACAGCAACAACCGUACGUACCAGCUAGUGAACAACAGGCACCGGAACCGAAGAAAUACACCGGUAGCGCUAUACCAAGUCGAUCAUUCAAGAUCUUACAGGCAAUGACAACACCAGAAAAUGCCGAACAUAAAAUUCACACCGAGCUGGACUCGGAUUUGGAAAAUAAUGAAUUGAACGAAAACAAAAUUAAUAAUAAUAAUAAUAAUAACAAUAAUCACAAUAAAAAUAAUAAUAAUAAUAAUAAUCACAGUUAUAAUAAUAAUAAUCGUAAUGAGAAUAAUGGGCAUAACAGUAAUUGUAACCAUAAUCGUGAGAUUAACAGUAAAAUCAAUAAACGUCAUAGUUACACAUCAGCCACACCCACACCACCGCCCACCACAAACACAUACUCAUCCAACUCAUCCAUUAGUUCAGAUAGUUCUGCCCCAAUUCAGACCCAACCAGAGCGUUCGCAAUCGGUGCCCCCUCAUUAUCCCUACGCCUAUGGCUAUCCCUAUCCCUGGUAUAUGCCACCGCCACCGCACCCACCAGCUGCCAACCCUGGGCAAACGGCAAAUGGGGAACCGCCACAAAUGUUAAAUUGGCCCUACCCUUAUCCCUAUCCACCGCCAAUGCCUGCAACGGUUGAUGGCAAGCAGGGGGAUGUCUAUCCACCGUAUCCCUAUUAUUACCCCUACUAUUUACCCCCUCCACCAGCCUAUGGACAGUCAGGUGCUCCCACCGAUGUACAGAAUUAUCCAGCACAGUUUAUGCCUGCUUAUGGCGCCUACCCGUAUCCGGUUGCGCCUAGUUUUAGUCAGAGUUCGACGGAGAGUCGGGCGAGCAGCGUCUUGCCCGAUAUCAUCAUCACUCCCAGCACCGAUGAUAUGCCCUCGCAGGUGAUCAUGCAGCACCACAUCAAGGUGGAGCCCCGAGAGCCACCGAAGCGUGCGCAUUCGGUGGAGAUCGAGGAGCUCGUCAGUCGUCCAAAGAAUCGCAACAUAUGCAGCAACCAGGAACAAGUUAUCGACCUGCUCAGUCAGCGACUGGCGAACAUUAACAAGAUCGCUGGAGGCAAUACCCAGGCUAAUCUAUCCAAGCAACUGCAGAAGAAUUAUGCUGGCGAGCUGUCCAAGGAGCUGGUAGCUCGAUCUCCGAGUGAGAAUGCCUCGCCGGUUCAAAUCGGCGCUGUGGAGAAUGACAACGAUAGCGACAGCGAAGAUAGCAGCGAUGAGGAUGUGGAAGAGGAGGAUGAGGAUACACCCAAGCAUGGAGGUCCGACUCCGUUGCAGGCCAUCAAGUCGGUGACCAAUGUACAGGUCUAUAAGGGAUUAAAUAAGAUGCCAGCAGAGCAGCUGAAUUCCGAGAGCGAGGAUGACGACGAGGAUGUCACAACGGCUGAUGAAAUGUACGAUGAGGAGGAUCAGGAGUGUCUCAUCGAAGAGAUCGAGGAUGAGUACGUUGUGGAGGAGGAUCUGAGUGUCAUCUACGAGGAGGAGAGCGAGCUGGAAAGGAGCAGCGACUACGCCAAGACAGUCAUCAAACGCAAUGGUUCCAGUGUCAGCGAUGCUACAAUCGCAGAACGUCAGGUCGAUGAGGAUGAUGACUUGGACAAGCAGAUAGAGGAGAAUGAUAAUGAUGAUAAUAACGAUGAUGAUGAGGAGUCCAAUUCGGUGACAGUUCGUCUGCCAUUGCGUUUCUCCUUCAGUCGCAGCUCGAAUGAUGAGAACAUUGCCACCGUCCAAGUGGGCAGCACCACACAGAUCGAGGAGAGACGUCCGAGCUUAAGCCUGGACAGCAAACGCAACUCCUUCAGCGUGGCCAAGGUGGAGAGUGAAGAUGAGGACGAUAACGACAACGACUGUGAAGUCAGCGUGACCAUCAGUUUGUCCAACUCCUCACGCUCCAAUUCUGUGGAGAGGACUUCCCUUCCACCCGUAGAAAAGGUAGUUCCAACUCUUCGCAGAUCAAGCAAAGAGGAUGUCUCCACUUCCUUUUCGCUGGGCAUGCGUAACAAAUUCUCAACGGAGUUACUAGCUGGCGAGGUGACCAACAACAUUCCCAAAUUGGAGUCACCCAAGGAGGAGGUGGAGGAAACUUCAGCUGCGCCCAAAGAGGAAUUCGAUUUCUUUGCCACGCUGAUGGCCACCAAAAUGCAGGCACAGAAAAUGAUGGAGCAGUCCAAGAAUUUCUGGAAAACACCUAAAGCAAAGCCAGAAGCACAGCCAAAAGAAGACAAUCUACAAAUGAGAGCUAAGGAAAAGGAUGUAGAGAAUAAGCCUAGGCCAAAAUCCGGGGAUCUGUCCAAGACUCAGGCCUCUUUGGAAGCGGCUAAGAAUAGUUUUUGGUCCAUUUUUGCAACUGCAGCCAAGGAACCCGAGACAAUUGUGGAACCGGAGCAACCAGCACAAGAAAUGGAUUUCUGGGCAAACAUAGACAAAAGCAAUGAUUCUCAGUGGACCAAGAAGAAGAAGACCGUUACCUACACACCACUGAAAAAGGAAACUGUCACCACAGUGGAGCAUUGGACUACCACACUCAAGGCGAGAGUUGAAUUCCUGCCACAAUCUCAAAGCGCCGAGUUGCAUUUUGUGGUUGAGGAAAAAUCCAAGGCAAUGGAAGCUUCCAACGAAAUGGAGGAGGAUUUUUGGGCAACCGUGGAGCAGACAAAAUCAGAAAAUAACACAACUGAAAAGGAAUCGAAAGUGAGAGAUAAUUACUGGAACCACGAAUCGCAAGCUGAGCAACAAGUUAAGUCGGAGGAUUUUUGGGCAGAUCAGGCAGCUGAUGCUCCCAAUGAAACCACAAUUGAUAAUGCCAUACAACAAAUUGUUGAGGAAGAGGAAAUCGAUUUCUGGGCGGACAUUAAAUCCACAGAUAACGAACCCCAAAAUUUUGAAUUCGAUCCCACAAAAUAUCCUGAAGAACCAAGAGAAGUGGACACCGAUGAGGAAAUUGAUUUCUGGGCGGAAAUUGAAGCGAAUCGUAAGCCUGAUGAUGAUGAUGUCACCUUCCAUAAAUCAGCCACUUUCUGGGCCCGCAAGGAGCGCCAGCAUUCUGUCGAAGAGACGCCCUAUAAGCCCGUGGAGACGAAAGCCUUCCGGGCCAAGCUGCCCGAUGAGCCAGCGGUGGCAAUUGAUGUGUGGGCCACUUUGGAGGCAGCACGUGGUGAGGAGCCCGAGAUUGUGGAUCCAGUUAAGGAAGAGGAACAAAAGCUUGCCGUGCAAUAUGAAGAAUUGGAGCAUGAGAGCCUGGAAGAGUUGCCAAAGGAGCAGCCAAGAAAACAGUCGUUGGUUCAGCCAGUAGAGCAAGCUUCCGAGACAAAUCUUCACCUGGUAGAUACCAUGUCGUUGGCCUCCAUGCAUGAACCUGCCACAGUGCACACCUGGACGCCUUACACAGCUGCCAAUGAGGAGCCGGAGAACAAUGAAGAGCCUGAUUUCUGGGCAGACAUUGAAGAGGAGCGUUUCAAGAAUGAGCAAGUGGAGGAGGCCGAGCAGAAGCGUCAGAAUUACCGCCAGGCGAUGGCCUUCUUUAAUACCUCAAUUGACGAGCACAAGGUGCAGCAAAAGACGCAAUCCAAUCGCAGCAGUGUUAUCCAAGAGACAGAGGAGCCUUUUGAUAUCGACCUAGGACCUCCAGGAGAAUAUGAAAUUAUUGGUGAGAAUGACGGCAUUGUGGAACAAAGUGUUGAGCAGGAGGAAGAGGAGGAAGAGGAGGAAGAGGAGGAAGAGGAGGAGGAACGGGGAGCACCAACGCCAACGAACACUGUGCCCGAAGUUUACGUGGAGCCUGAGCCGGAAAAUCAAAGGAAACUGCUACCCAAUGGUCUGCCUGAUCUUGGCGUGGAUAAGUUCGAUGAGGCACCCAAAAUCUCCGUACGUGAUCGCAUUAAUGUCUUUGAAACAAGUCCACCAAGCACUGGCACAACUACGCCUAAUAAGGCUAUGAAUAUUCACUCCUUAUCCGUAGACAGCGGACGUGGCAAGGGACAACUUUCCCGGAAUAGCAGCACACAGAGAUCCGAGUCGGAAAUCGAGGAGGAUGACUCCGGCGUGACGGACAUGAAUCGACAGCUGUCUGAGACGGACACAGAAUCGGAGAGUUUCCCGGAGCUACGCAAGAUGACGAGCUAUCAACGUGCCGCCACACAUUCCAGACUCUUCAAAUUGCUGCAGGACGAGAACGAUUUGCCCGAGGGAGCACAAGCUGGCCAGCAGGAUGAGUUCCAAUUGAAGCCCAGCAGACGCAAGAUUGUCCACAAUGUGUCCAUCACACGUCGCCAGAAUCCCAAUGCUGUCAAUGAGGCGGAAACGAUGACAGAGCGACGGGAACGUCUCUCUCUGCCGCUGCGCAAGAAUACAUCGAUCGAUGCUGAUAAUCCCUCCACUCCAAACAGUCCUGCCUCACCCAUAGUUGGGCAAUCGCCGAGCAAACAGCGUGUGGUCAGCGAUAAGUUGGUCAACGAGCUGGUUCAGAGUCUGCUCCUCAAGAGCGACAGCACACAUCUGCGCAAGCUGCCAAUGGAACGCCUCCAGGCGGCGGCCAAGCGUGCUCUCGUCGAGGAAAUGGAUUCCGUGGAGAAUAGCUCGCUGGACAGCACGCCAGCGAUAACGCCCAAGCAGGAUAAGGAGUAUUCCGAUUACUACAGCAGUUGGACCGACGCCAGUGGCGGGGAGGAGAUUGUGCCCUCAAAGGCUUUCCGAGCUCUACAGGAUCCACGACGCAGCCCCUGGACAGUGCGUUGUCCCCGUGUGCUCAGCUCCAAGACAAUCAAUCGGGAUUUGGCACGCGUCACAGAAUCCCCAGAGAUCCUAAACAGUCGAGGCAGCAAAAGUCCCGAAUGCUUUAGACAACAGUCGAGGGAACGUUCCAUAAACAAUUGGUCGAAGAUCAACAGGGCUUAAAGGGAUGAUAGCUCUUAGGGGCGGGGAUUAUAUAUACAUACUCGUAGAAAUUAGUACACUUGCAUUUGGGUCGUGACCACAGCAACAAACACUGCCCUUGGUGGUAACAGGGAGCCAGUUAUUGCAUUUCUCAUUUCACAUCACAUUGUACACUAUAUGACAACACUCAGAUUAAUAAUUAACUAAAUAUCUAAAAAAUAAUGUAAAUAAAACAGAAAUCAAAACAAAACCAAAGAAAAACCAACUGAAAACCAAAGAAAAAUCGUUCAUUCGUUCGUUCGUACGUUCCGUUUGUUAUCUCAGCAGUCACAUUUCAAAAUUCAACAUACAUACUUACUUAUAUAUAUUUAAAUCGAAACCAAAUAAUACCUACCAAAAACAACAAAAUAACUAAGGAAAUUCUAUCAAAUCGCCACAAUAAUAAACAAUUUCAUCAAGUCAAUGAUUUUGUAGAACUCGUUCAAAAUCCUAAGGACCUGGACAAUCGGAUCUAUAAUUAUUUCUCAACACCAUAGAAAUCAAUUAUAGCUAACAAACUACUGCAAAACGUGUACGUGUCUUUAGUUUAAGUUCCAGCCAACUUAGGAUCACCACAAUCAAAUAGUUUGGUAACGGGCCCUACAAUAAAAGUUUUUAGCGAAAUUUUCUUGAAACUAACUUUAGCAUUGUAGCCGAUGAAAAAGAUAUAAUAAUGAUGUAUUUUCUUUAAUUGUUAAACGCGAUUUGAUAGCAGCACUAAACCUUCUAACACAAUUUACGAAAGCCAAUAGCGAAAGCGAAUCAUUACUAAUCCUAAAAUCUAAGCUGUAAAAAAUAAUGGUUACACGAGACAGUUAAAAACAAUGAGGUAACAACGAAACGAAAACAACAAAACGGAAUGACAACUUAAUCGACAAAUCAUACAGAUAUGUAUCCGGAUAA